AUGCCAGUCUCUGCCAUAGCCACAUCUUCUUUAACUACCACGCUAUCCUCCCUCUGUAACUGUAACUGCAAUAACAGUAACAGUAACCGUAGCCGAUUAUUUCGCAAUUCUGUGUUCUUUCCUUCCUCCACUUCCCUCGCUAAACCCUCCUGCUGCUUCCUCCAUACCACUCUUAAUCCCAACACCGUCCACGACUCCCAUGACUCCCCCGCCACCGUUGCUUCCGCCGCCGCCAUCUCCGCCGCUAUCCGCAAGGCUUCCACCUCGCCCGUUGAGUUCGCUCAGCGACUCGACAAGGACAACCGAAGCGGACUCCUCCUCCCCAGCCCCGACUUCCAGAGGCUCUGCCUUCAGCAGCUCCACCUCUUCCGCAGGAUCGUCCCCGAAGCUGUUCUCUCGGUUUAUGUAAGGCCAGCUGGAAGUUAUGUGAUGGAUCAGUUGGAGCUACGGAGGGUUGCUCUCUACCCUGGAGAUCCUCAGCCUGAGGAAGACGGCGCCGUUGUCAUUCUUGUUGGUCAUUUCAACAUCCCUGCCGGCUUGCGCGCCACCGAGGCUGCACUUUCCAACUUGCAGGUUAAAUUUGUUCCGGAAUGUAAUGCUGUGGUUCUUCCCAUGGUGAAACAUCCGUUUGUUGUUGGUUUCUUGGUUGCCGAGCUUCCUGUGUUGGAGGUGGAAAGGAGUGAUCAGCCUCAGAGUGGUGCUCGCGAUAGCCGAAUGUCUGUUGAGGAAGCUUAUUCUUUGCCUCCUUUUUUGGAUAUAGACAAGAAGUCGUGGGAAAUUCAAACUCUUCGAGUCCAGGAUGAGCCGGUUGGUAUGUACAACUUCACUCCCGAACAACGAUCGAAUGCCAUCAACAUUUCACAAUCUCUGGCCAUGGCGUAUGUAAUGGAUCAGAAAGCAAUGUUACUUCAGCAAUCAACAUGGCAAAAUAAUGUUAGGAUGGGUGACCUGGUCGAGCAAAUUCGUGGUCCUCUAUUGAGCAUUCAAACCUUAAGUAAAAUCCUGUCUACUCAAACAAAGAAAAGUCAGAUUUCAUAUGACAUUGUUGAGGAUAUCCUGGUGCAAGGUGAUCGACUAAGAGAUGUUUUGGAGCAACUCCAAGAAGCUGUCUAUUUGACAAAGGCUAAUAUAGUUCGAUACAAUGAAGAAGCAAUCAAGAAAAUGAAUGGUUCAACUCACAUACUUGCUGAGUCGUCAAAAUCUCAAUUAUUAAAUAGUUUUCCAAGGGAUGGGUCUACAAAUAAAAUGAAUAAUGAGUCGCAUUCUUUAGCUACUGCCCAUGAUAUAGAGAUGCCCCUUCCACCUUUGGCUCUAGCUCCAUUACAACCAGGAAUCAGACCAUGCAGUGUUUCUGAAGUAUUGGCAGACCUGGUUGAUGCUGUGAAACCUCUAGCCCAGAAUCAAAAACGUGUAGUAGAACUAAAUGAGCUCUCAUCACAUUUGCUAGCUGCUGUAGAAGAACCUGCUUUACGCCAGGCUUUCAGCAAUCUUAUCGAAGGUGCUUUAUUACGCACACAUGUCGGGGGAAAGGUUGAAAUCGUGUCUACUGCUGCACCGGCAGGAGGUGCCCUUGUAUUCAUUGAUGAUGAUGGGCCUGAUAUGCACUACAUGACACAAAGGCGCUCACUCACACCGUAUGGACAAGAACUCAUGGCCGAAGACAUGAUUGAAGACAACAUGACAUGGAACUUUGUUGCUGGGCUGAGUGUUGCCCGUGAGAUACUAGAGAGCUAUGGAUGUGUGGUGCGUGUUAUAUCACCUCGGACCAAAGAUGCUCCUCUUGGUGCUGGUGGAACUCGUGUAGAACUCUGGCUUCCCUCUGCAAUUGAAAGCUCUGAUUUGAGCCUUGCAUCCCAAGAGGUAUAGCCUCUAUCUGAAGUUCCACAGAAUGCAUUCGAAAAGAUUCAGCAUCAGGAUCAUGCUUCACAAAGUGGAAUGAAUGACAGUAAGAAAAUAAGGGGUGGUACAUAUAUAUUGAUAGUUCUUAAAUGAAUCAGUGAUGUGUAUUUGGUCCUGUGUAUAGCUCGUAAACAUCGUUGUGGUACAUAGUUCAGUUCGUUGUGACUUUACUGUUAGCCAUGUACACAAUAAACAAUGUAUUGCAUAAUAGAAAAAAAAAACACUGAUUGUGGUUUGAGACCAUGCGCCUAACGCUUCAGCAUUUGUAUCGGAUUUAAAGAAUAGAUGAACUUGUCUGAAGAAUGAUGAGGAAUUUGACAGCA